GAUCUGCUGUCGGGACGCUGCUCUUUUUCGCCUUUGCUGCUGUAAUGUCUCCUGCUGUAUAAUCCAGGACUACCGCAGGACGCCUCUGUAAUCCCAGAGUUGGACUCCUCCCUGAUGAAUUUGCUUGAUCAGGACCCUGAUGGGAUUAUUUCUACAUUACAUAUGACCAUCAUUACUGAUUGGGGUCAAGCGACUGUGGAAAGGUUAUAAAGUGCAGAUAAAUUAGAUAAACAUUUGAUUGCUUGUCAAAUUAUAAAUGAAUGUUUAAAUUAAUUUUCUUGCUUCGUCUGAUGUGCAACCACAGUUCCAUUCAGUGGUUUUAUGUAGCCCAAAAGGGCUCAUUUUUCAGCAAAUCAAAACAAAACACAUGUCCUCACACUCACGACCACACCGGACAGCUGAGGGCAGUGAACCCAGUGACCGUGGCCCGCUGACCGGGACUACACAGCUUCACAGUGACCCAGAAACACCGUCACACCGUCUGUACGGGCAUCUCAGGACAAAGUGUCUCUUUUAAUCGCCCCUCCCGUCGUCCUCCACUGGACACGGGGCUCAUGGAACGGUCAUCAUGCAUGAGUGCGUCACGUGCAGCUCAUUGUAAUCCAAUCACCCCUCGGCGAUCAUCUCUCCGCACAGGGAAUGUUGGAGGAUUGUUGGGAGUGCAUUUGAGGAAGGUAUAACGUUCAGGGGGCAGUUUUAUUUGUUCCCCCGAGACGAAACAUGAGAAACGCAGAGAUGAGGCCACUAACUACCAGAAUGACGACUGAAGGGGAGUAACAGAUGAGGAGAAAUGAAAAACAUGUUGUAGCUUAUCUUAAGAGCAAAAUAGAACUUCUAAAGUCUUGAGAGUUGCAGGAGAGUAAAUCUUGACAUAUGAAGCAAUUGGCAAUAACCACAAACAAUCAUUUGUAACUGUUCCAGAGCUUUUAAUUAUCACACAGUCUUCCUCACCAAAGGAAUUUUUUCCACUUAUUCAACAACAAGAAAAAUGCCAAUUCUGUAUAUCAAAUAGGAAAACCUUGCAGGAAAGAAGGAGAAAUAAGACAGCGUUAAAUUUUAGUCACUUUACCUUUGACCCCUGGCACCACAGAAUUAUAAAUUAUUUAACAAACAUUAAAGCUUUGUUUACUGCCCCGCCCUCAUUAAGUGCCCCUUACAUUUAAAAAAAACCAUUGUGAUCAUCUUUUUCUGACUACAUGUCAUCAUCUACAUGAUUAAAUCAAGUAAUUACUAUGACUAAAUCUGUGUUUUACCAGCAUUAUGCUUCAUUCAUUCAAUAAGAUUUGUUGUAAUUUAAUGAAAUGAGGCAACAAUUGAAACCGCUGUAGGUGUCACCUCAAUCAAGGUGUCUGAGUGCCGACGGCUAAGUGGACGAUGAUCCCGGUGAAAAUGAGGGGAUCAUAUCAACACUUCAAGGAAGGACUAACACCUUAAACACGAAUGGAGAAUCAGCACAAUGCCGACGUUACGGCUAAGUCGCUUCCUGUGAUUAAAACAAGACUUUUAAAAACAUGACGGGAUAUGUCUGAAAAAAGGAACAUAACACAAUAUUUAGUUUUUUGGGAUGGAUUUGCUUGAUUUAUUUUGGCCAUAUCUGUGUUCUUAGUUAAGUAUCCUUUAUAAAUCAUAUAUGUUUUAUUAAAUCAGAGAUUAACAUUGUCAGUAAAAGUAUAUUCUGAUCCCUCAUUUUGUCCCUUUCCUCUGCAGAGGGAAGAAGGGCGCUGAGGUUUUAAGCGCAGCUCUAAGAGGUCUGGCCAUUUGGCGUCAUGUUGAAUAAACACAAAGGUGCUGGAGAUUUCAGAAGGGGCCCCCACGCUGAUCCUGUUUAUGUGUUUGGGCCGGGUUUUUGUUUUAAGUCGGAGGUGCUAAACACCUUCCCCCUGAGAUAAAAGAUGAUUAAUGCCUUUGAAUGAGCGUCGCCCUAAUGGCUCAAGGCUACUUAAGCCCUUCAUUAGGGAGAGCUCGGGCCGGUCGACACACUCGAGCCACCGCGUCCCUCGAAGGCAGAAACAGGAAAACUGGGGAGACUUCCUUUGAAGUGGGCCCUGCUCGUAAGAACUCCAUCCCACAAGGCAUUCAGCAUGGAAAUUGGAUUAGCGCGCCCUCUUUUCUGACCCCACACCACGUUGAGAGCUGGUUUUCAGGCAUUAUUUGGGGCUGCAGCUUCAUCCCACAUAAAUAUCAGAGGCAUCGGUGAGUAGAGGGACACUCACGUAUUUGGCAGCUGAGGAGCAGAUUGGGACUCGAGCCAUGGAUGUGUCCGGGCCACUUCUUCUCCUCCUGUGCGCCCUCCGCCUGACCUCGACCGGAGUGUUGAGCAAACACGUAGAUCACAGAAACCUGUUCACACAAAGACUGUGCUGCAAAAGACAAAGCCACUUUGUCUACCUGGGACAGGACAUAUCCGGGAGUCCUGUCAGUGUUGAUGUGGGAAUGUGCAGGUCGCAUUGUGGGGGAGUAUCCAGGCCGUCACACGAAGCGGGGCAGCAAGAAUACUCAAAACAUGCCUCGAUGCUGGAAUUUCUCAGGAGCAAGAGAACGAGGACGCGCGGAUCUGCCUCCCCAGACAGCCCGGAGCUUCCGAGCCAGCUGGCCUCGUGCGGGGUGAACCAGGUGUGCGAGGCGACCGGCAUGCGCGUGGACACGGUGCUUCUGUUCGAGGGGCCCCGGGAGGUGGAGGUCAUCCAGGAGUGCCAAUGCGACGUCAGGCUGACGCAGUGCAUCCGGGUCCCCGCGCUCAGGACGUACCACUCCGAGACGCCGUACGAGACGGUCAUCGACGUGGGAGGAUGCUCCCGGUCCAAGGGCGCGCCAGAGGGAUUAUCCUGCGUCCCCACUACGUUUGACUCAGUCUUGGUGGAGACCCCCAACAAAGGGGACCUCGUCCGGACGGUGGCGGCCUGCGAGCUGAAGGAAAGCUGCUACAGGGUCGCAUACGUGGAGUAUUACUAUGAAACAGUCCACCAUGCGGAUGGCGUAAAGGAGGAGAGGCUCAAAGAAAUAGAUGUGGGCAGAUGUUUGGGGGGCUGCACCACAGGAAACCGAUGCCUUGUCAGGAGUCAAUCACAUCCUGAAAUCUGCCACUUAUGGGCUGAAAGGCAGCCCGGCUCGUGUGCUCCUCAUGGCUACGAGAGCCACAACUUCCUCAACCAGCAUGGUCAGAUCCGCACCAUCCUCUCCAUCACUUCCUGUCUGUGCCAAACCUGAACACGGCGCCUCCUACUGGACAACAACCUCCAAUCUCAGAAGUCACAGCCACUGGCGACUCCACCACUAACAUUUGCUUAAGAAUUUGCUUCCCUAAAGUAUUAUUGUACUAUAUGUAAUAUAUGCAAAGAGGAUAAUUUUGUAAAUAAAUAUAAUACACCAA